GCGAGUGCAGGGGUCGGGCGUGGAGUGGCAGGAGACGCGGCUGGAGGACGCCACGGCCGUGAUGGUGCACCACCAGGCGCUGCUGCGCAACAAGCGCUGCCUCCUCGCCUACCUCAAUGCGCGCAUGGAUCAGAUCCGACGGCUGCGAUGGCAGCUGGGCGCAACGCUGCCACGGGCGUUGCAGGAGCGGCUGAGUGCGGGGGAGGGCUAGUGGCUGGCGCAGUACUCGCAGGCACUGGGGGACUACAUGGCGGACGCAGGGCUGGACCUCACUGUGGACCUGCUACCCCCAAGGACCCGUACAUCGAGGUGCGGGUGCUCAAGGACGCAGGUGCAAUGUAUCUGGACGACAAAGUGGCUUACUUGGAGGCCAACACUCUGCACCUUGUCAGGAAGACUGACGCAGAACCACUUAUUCUGAAGCUCUUCUCCGUCAUCCUCACUCCUUCCACAUUCACAUGCCCUCAUGCACAUGUUUUUGACCCAGGGGUUAUUGGAACACCGAGAAUACUGACAACUUGGCAGGCCUGUUUGCCAUACAAGAAAUCUAUACUUGUUCAGCGCAUCAAUAGUCGUGGUAUUAUCAAGCUCUAA